CCGGCCCCACCUCCCAGCCCCAAAUCCCCUUCCAAUUCCAAAUGUCUUCCUCCUCCGAGCUCGUCCUCUACAAUCUCGUCCCCGCCCAAACCCUAAACCCUCCCCCAACUACCGCUCCCACCGCCGCCGCUGCCUUCUCCAUCUGCACCACCGUCGCGCCGCCGGAGGCCUCUCUCCGCGCCCGGGUGCGCCGAUCCGUGGGCUCCUCCUCCUCCGACCGCCACGCCAAGGUCGCCGGCCGCGGCCGCCGAGUCCGCAUCCCGGCCAUGGUCGCCGCCCGCAUCUUCCAGCUCACCCGCGAGCUUGGCCUCCGCACCGACGGCGAGACCAUCGAGUGGCUCCUCCGCCAGGCCGAGCCCUCCAUUAUCGCCGCCACCGGGACUGGGGUCACACCCGAGGAGGCCCCGCCCACCGCCAUACCCGUCGCCCACUCCCCCGCCUCGUACGUUCCGGUCCCGUACUACACCGCACUCCUUUUGCAGCAGCCCCCCGCCGACGAGCCUGCGGCCUCCGCCGCCGUCACCACCGCGGAGGAGAAUAACUAAGGGUAGAGAGUUCUAGAAGGGCGGCUACGAUUAGGGCCUAGGGUUAGUUAGUGUCUUAGGGUUUCUUAUGUGUGAUCUGUAGUCUUGGCCUCCCCCUCCUGAAUAAUUAACUUAUUAGCAUGGGGAUGCCACGAAUUACGUUCCUUAUAGAACAGAUUGAGAUGGUAACAACAAAAGAGGGGAAAAAGACAGCUUUUUGUAAGCGGUGGUUGAGUCCUACUGAUGUUGGGAACAAUUUGUGAGCUCUGGUGAAUGGUCUAGUGCUGCUAAUUUUUAUCUCAUGGUGCCUGGGUGUUUGAUA